AUGUUACUGUUAAUUGUGCUUUUGUUACUUGCUAAUUCAAACACUUCCUUUGAGCAGGAAACCAUUGUCUUUGCACGUGGCGAAGGUAACUACUAUUGUGUACGAAUUCCAUCCGUUAUGACCACUGUCAAGGGAACUUUGAUAGCAUUUGGUGAAGCACGAAUGUUCACUUGUCAAGACAAUACUGAUAUUGAUAUUGUUUACAAAAGAAGUCUAGAUAACGGAAGAACUUGGUCGGAUCUACAAGUUCUCUAUCGAGGAAAUUCGUCUGGUGAAAAUUUCAACUGGGUAGGAAAUUUUGCUCCCGUUCAAUUGAAGUACAAUCAGCGAAUCUUAGUACCAUUCUGUCGAAAUAAUCUUGUUCCUAUGCAAACCUAUUCAGAUGAUGAUGGCUUAACAUUUGCGCCACCGCAAAUCAUUCCAAAUAUCGCUAAACCGAAUUGGAAGUGGCUCGCUUUAGGUCCGCCCAGCGGCAUUCUAUUACAAUCAAAUCGUAUCCUGGUUCCCGGUGAUUAUUCUAUCAACUCGAACGUCAGAGCCGGUUCUCUAUCUACUGGCUUUGUCAUGUUAAACGAUUUCAACGGACAAAUUGAUAAAUGGUAUCUCGGUGGUGAAUAUAAUCUAGACAACUAUUACCCAAACGAAGGUCAAGCUGUUGAAUUAUUACCUUCGAAUAAUUCGAUAUUCAUAAAUGCUCGCUCCCAUACAACGAAACGCAUUGGUGCAUAUAGUACAAAUGGUGGAAUCACAUUCGAUAAAGUUACAGUACUUAAUACAUUAGUAGAACCUUUGCAUGGUUGCGAAGGUUCAACGCUGUAUCAUCCAUCGACUCGUCAACUGUUCUAUUCAGGAUUAGCUGUCACAUCUAACAUUCGUGCGAAUCUAUCUUUACAUAUCAGCAAUGAUAAUGGUGAAACCUGGAGCUAUAUAAAAGCCAUCUGUCCAGGUCCAUCAGGCUACUCGUCAUUAACAACAUUGACUGAUCAAUCCAUUGGCAUGUUGUACGAAAAAGGCAGUACAAUGGGUUCACCGGAUUCAUUGACAUUCACCAUAGUAUAUAAUCAAACGAAAAAAGGAACGAUUUGA